AAUAAUAAUAAUAAUAAUAAUAAUAAUAAUAAUAAUAAUAAUAAUAGAAAUAAUAAUUAUUAUAUUAUUGAAGAAGAUAAUAAUAAUGAAAAAACAAAUGAAUAUAUUAAUAAUAUUAAUAGUAUAAAUAAUAUAAAUAGACUGCAGUGUAAAGAAAUGUAUAGUGAUAAAAAGCCUACAAAUUUCCUAAUAGAUAAUGAUGGUGCUAAGAAUGAACAAAUUUUAAACGCAACAAAUAAAGAAUUUCUGUAUAAUAAUAAUAAUAAUAAUAAUAAUAAUAAUAAUAAUAAUAACAAUGAUAGCAAUGAAAAUGAAAAUAAAAUGGAAUACAAAAUAAUUAAUAAUAAUGAAAAUAAUGCAAUAAUUACAAAUAAUAAUAAUAAAACUAAUAAUAAUAGCUUAUUUACAAGAAGCUUUAAUAUUUUAGCCGAUAUUCAAAUUAUGUUCAAAAAAUUCUUUUUUCAUUUAUUUAAAAGUUAUUCAAUAAAUUCUUUAACAAUGUUAAUAUUUUAUAUAUUAUGUUUAUUGAUUUUUGCUGUUGACAAUAUUGAAGCCCGUCCAAAUGUGAAUAACUUGUUACCGGAAAGUGGUGAUGCAGUUCAAAUAUCCUCAGGUGAGUCACAUAAUAGCCCUGCAUCUAAUACGAUGUUACCAUCAGAUGAUGGGAAAAUAAUUCACAAAGGUGCCGACGGCCAUCCCGAAAGAUAUCCUAUAGCAAAAGUUGAAUUUGAUAGAGUAAAAACCCCUUUCAUAAUAGGUUUAUGGAUUUUAUCAUCUAGUGUAGCGAAAAUUGGUUUUCAUAUGACUCCAAGAUUACAUAGAAUAUUUCCUGAAUCAUGUUUAUUAAUUGUUGUUGGAGUUGUUAUUGGUAUUGUUAUUAAUUUUGGAACAAAAGUUAAUGUAUCCCCAUUAACACCGAAUACAUUCUUCUUUUAUAUGCUUCCUCCUAUUAUACUUGAUGCAGGCUAUUUUAUGCCUAAUCGUCUUUUUUUUGAUAAUUUAGGAACAAUUUUAUUAAUGGCAGUAGUUGGUACAAUAUUUAAUAUAGUUACAAUUGGUGGCUCUUUAUGGGCAUGUGGCCUUACAGGAUUGUUUACUGUGGAACUACCUAUAUUAGAUGUUUUAUUAUUUGCGUCAUUAAUAGCGGCUGUUGAUCCUGUUGCUGUUUUGGCUGUUUUUGAAGAAAUUCAUGUAAAUGAAAUUUUGUAUAUAGUUGUUUUUGGUGAAUCGUUAUUGAAUGAUGCUGUUACGGUUGUUGUCUAUCAUAUGAUGGAAGUGUAUAAAAGUUUAGGUGAAAAUUUAAUUGCUGUAGAUAUAGUGAGUGGUGUAGCAUCAUUCUUUGUUGUUGCAAUUGGUGGUACUACAAUAGGUAUAAUUUGGGGAUUUUUAACUGGCCUUGUAACGAGAUUUACUGAUCACGUUCGAGUGAUUGAGCCUAUAUUUAUAUUUGUUAUGGCAUAUUUGGCCUAUUUAAAUGCUGAAAUAUUUCAUAUGAGUGGAAUUUUAGCUAUUACAUUCUGUGGGAUAACAAUGAAAAAUUAUGUCGAAUCGAAUAUAUCACAAAAAUCUCAUACCACAGUGAAAUAUGCACUAAAAAUGUUGUCGAGUUCAGCAGAAACAAUUAUUUUCAUGUUCCUUGGUGUUGCCACCGUUAAUAAUAAACAUAAUUGGAAUACGGCAUUUGUACUAUUAACAAUUUUAUUUUGUUCAGUAUUUAGAGUUAUAGGCGUUAUAAUUCUUAGCGCAUUAGCUAAUCGUUUUCGUUUACAUAAAUUAUCAAAAGUUGAUCAAUUUGUUAUAUCUUAUGGUGGUCUUCGUGGUGCUGUAGCAUUUGCUCUAGUUUUAUUAAUACCAGAAGAUUUAGUUAAAGAAAAAAAUAUGUUUGUUACAACAACAAUUGCUGUUAUAUAUUUUACAGUAUUCCUUCAGGGCAUUACUAUUAAACCAUUAGUUAAAUUUUUAAAUGUUAAACGUGCUUCUAAACGUAAACCAACAAUGAACGAAAGAAUUCAUGAGAGAUUCAUGGAUCAUUUAAUGGCUGGUGUUGAAGAUAUUGUUGGAAAAACUGGCAACUUUAAUGUUCGAGAUAAAUUUAAACGUUUUGAUAAUCGUUUUAUAAGACCAUUACUAUUAAGAGAUACAAAGGGAGCUGAGCCAAAAAUUUUAGAAACAUAUUCAAAAUUAACAAUGAAAGAUGCAAUGGAAGUAAUGAGACGUAAUCCAUCUACAAUUGGUCAAAUAUCGGGAACUGAAUCAAUGGGUGCAUUGUUUAGAACAUAUACGAAUAAUUGUUUAGGAAUAAGUCCUAGUUUUUCGAAUUUGGAUACAUCAUCAAGAAAUUUAGAUAUGCAAGAAUUACAUUAUAAUCCAUCUAAGAAAGAUUUAACUGAUGCUAAAAUACAUCAUUUGCUAGCUGAAGAAUUGAAACCAUACAGAAGGCAUCGCCGGCUCAGCUAUAGUAGGCAUGCAGUAGAUGAUAGAGAUUUAUCAACGCAAGUUAAUUACCGGAUGCAUAUGAAUAUAAGAAGAAUGGUAAAUGAUCGCAAACAUCACAAACGGAGUAAAAAAGGAAAGGAGGGUGUUAAACAAAAUCAUGUUUCAUUUCAUGAAUUUCGGCAGAAUGGAAGUGAAAAACAAUUAACAAAUGGUACGAAAAAUUAUCAUAGUCGAAAAUCAAACAGAAAACAUUCUCACAAUUCAAUAAACAAAUAUCGUAGAUUAGAAUUAGAAGAGAAUCCCAUUCAAGCUUCAAAUAAAGACGGACAAAGUAAUGAGGAUUGGGAUGAUGGUUUAACAUUUACAGCGAAGCCUACAUUGGAGGAAAAUGGUGUUAUAGUCGAAGAAGAUCCCCAUACCCUUAGAGAUUCGGAAAAUGAAUGUCGUGUUGCAACUCCAACAGCAAUAGAAUCACAAUUACCGUGGAAAAGGAAUGAAAGUGAAACAGAUGAUAAUGCACCAGUUAAACAAAAUGAAUUCCCUGCAUGGGCUUCCAAUAAAGAAUAUCUUGCUUAUAAUUCACCAAGUGCUACAUUUUUAGGAGGCCUAUCAAAACCUAAACAGGCUAAAUCUGUAAUAGGUUUGUUCCGACGUGAUAGUCAAAUGUCUGGUUCUGGACAUACUGUUAAUUUUGGUGGAAGUAGUAUUGAUCCAUUAGAUAAUGAACAAAUAUUAGUUGUUACACAACAACAACAACAACAACAACAGCAACAACAUCCACAAUUACAACAACAAUUAUCACAACAACAUGGAACACCUGGUAGCCAAAUAUCUGAUAGACAAAGUUUUAGUGGCAGUUCUGGUGGUGGUGGUGGUGAUCAUAAAGGUUUAAAACGAAUGAGUAUUGAUUUUAGUGAAGGACAUGCUGGCCCAUUUCCGGUAACCGCAAGUCAUCGCCGAAAUACACGUAGAGGUUCAAUGUUGGAAAUAAGUGGAUUUUCUAUUCCUGAGGAAACAAUAACACAACAACCGCCAACAAAACAACAUCAUCAUUCAAAAUCAUUAUGUGAACCAAGUGAAGAUGAAUGGGAUAAUCCAACAAUUGAUACAGCUAGAAAUAGUAGUAAAAGUGAGAAAUUUUUACGAUUUUCUACAGCUAGGGAACCCUUAUUGCCAAAAUUUAAUACACCGAAAAAUCAAAUAAAACGUAUGCAAAGAAAUAAUUCUGGUCCAGCAACAGCUCUAUUAUUACCAUCCGGUGGUAAUAGUGAUCGUCGUAUUAAUAUUGAUAGUGAUGAUGAUAGUGAUAAUGAUAGUGGACUUUGUGGUAAUAAUACAAGAAAUAAUUAUCAUGGUAAUAAUAAAAGUGGACAUAUUAUAAGACCAAAUAAUAAUUUUAAUAUCAAUCAUGAAAAUAUUGAAUAUGAUGAAGAUGAUGAUGAUGAUGAUGACGAUGAUGAUGAUGAUGAUGAAGAUGAUGAUGAUGGUGAUGAGAAUUUGGAUGUAUAUAGUGAUGAUCAUAUAUUUAAUACAAAUUUUUUAGAUCGUGACAAAAAGGAUGGAAAACAACAUAAAAUGACAAAAAAAUAAAAAAAUAAAAAAAUAAAUUAAAAAUAAAAAAAAAUAAAAUUUGUAAAAUACAAAUAUACAAAUAAACAAAAUAAACAAAACCAACAAAGCAAACAAAAAACACAAAACAGAGAGAAGAACAAAAAAGAAGAAAAACUGAGUUAUUUAUUUUUGAUAGUUGAAAUUUUAAUUAAAAUUAUUAAUAUAAAAAAAAAA